AUGCUUCGCGGCCGAGAGCACUCACACCGCGCACUGCAAGCGACGGCGGCCGAGAACGCGACCGGCGGUCUCUCGCCAACAGCACUCAUCGCCAUCGCCCUCGUUGUCCUUAUCCUCAUUUGCUGCUGGUGUUGCUACCGCCGCCGCCGCCACCGCACUUCAUCGCCCGCCCUCGACGUGUACGCGCCUGCGCCAACGGCCAAUGCGUCGACGCCCCUCACCGACUCGAGCUCACUCAUUGGCCUUAACUUGGACGAACUGCGACGCUGGCGCAUCAACGAAAGCGACCUCGUCGGCAGCCGGACACUCGCCUCGGGAGCGUACGGACAGGUCAGUCUCGGGUCGUUCUGCGGCACGACGGUCGCCAUCAAGUCGUCGCUGCGCAAGAAGGCGACGGUCGCCGACCUCCAGUGCUUCAUCGACGAGAUCAAGCUCACCGCACGCUUCGAGUCGCCAUACAUCAUCAAGCUCAUUGGCGUUGCGUGGUCCAACCCAUCGGACCUCCAGUGCGUGCUCGAGUACAUGGACAUGGGCGACUUGCGCAACCACCUCUCGCAGACAACACCCGAGACGUAUCCGUGGACAGAGAAGUCCAAGAACGUGCUUUUGGACUCGAAGAAGGGCACGAAGCUCUCGGACUUUGGCGUCUCGCGCGAAGACACGCAGGAGACGAUGACGGUCGGCGUCGGCACGUACCGCUGGAUGGCGCCCGAGAUCCUCCGUGAAGGCCACUACACGGUGGCCGCCGACAUUUACUCGUUCGGGAUGAUCCUCACCGAGUUUGGGUCGCACAUGAUCCCGUACUCGGACAUGAAGAACCCCAAGACGGGCAAGGCGCUCGUCGACACAGCGCUGAUUGGCCUCGUGCUCAACGGCGAGAUCCGGCCAACGCUUUCGGGCGAUAUGCCCGAGUGGGUUCGCGCCAUGGCCAUGCAGUGCGCGGUGCCCGACCCGACCGAGCGCCCGACCGCGUACGAGCUCUCGACGAUCGUGCGCAAGCACACGGCUGUGAUCAUCUAG